AAAGAAGAAAGUGAUUUGUGCGCCUGCGCAAAUCUGAAGUCAAGCAUUGGUAAUACAAGUUUUCCUGAUUCGUUCUAGUUUUUCUUGGAAAACAAUACUGAAAUAUAAACACAGUUUAUAGCUGUUUUUAGUGCUCCGCUAAUGGACUACAGCUAAUGUAUCUUGUUCUCGUCCGUAAACUCAUCUUCAAAGAGGCUUUUGUUUUGAAAGUGUCGCUGUCCCGUUGGAGCUGUCUGUACGUAAAAACACGGAGGGAAAAUCUGCAUACACGAGUUUACUGACGCCAUUAUGUGUCUAAAUACGUACCGCCAGUGUCUCUAGUGUGUCUCUGUUUAUUUCACCAAACCCCACUGUCAUAUUAAAGUUGACACUGUGGCUGUGGCGGGAUGCAACAACCAGAACCAGACCGACUGAAGACAUCUCCACAGUCGCUGGUUUUCUUUGACUUGGAGACAACUGGACUGGGUCAGUCCUGUGAGAUCGUCCAGCUGGCUGCAGUGAGUGGAGGCCACUCACUCAACCUCUACGUCAUCCCCCGGGGUCAAAUCCAGCGAGGAGCAGCCAAAGUGACCGGCUUCAGGGUCCGUAGACACAGACUGUACCUCCAUCGACAACUUGUCCUCACCAACUCCCUACGAGAGGUCCUGGUCUCCUUCAUAGCUUUCCUUCAGAUGCUCGGACGCCCACUUGUUGUUGGCCACAACAUCCGCCGCUUCGACUGUCCACUGUUGGCUCGAGCUCUCGAUGAACUGGACCUGAGAGCAGAGUUUGAGUCAUCAGUCUCAGGCUGUGUUGACACUCUGCCUCUGGCUCGCGAGAUGCUGAAGGACCUCUGCCUCCAGAGUUUUCGACAGGAGAACCUGGUCAGGGAGCUGCUGGGUGUGAACUACAAGGCCCAUGAUGCUUUGGAGGAUGUUCGGGCAUUACAGGCUCUGUAUAGUGUGCUUCAGCCCACACCAGAGGUGGUCUGUAGGCAUAAGUUCACUCUGGACACCAUGAAAAACAAACCAACUGUGAAAUCUAAAAUGCCCUGUAAACUACCAGAAAAGCGCCCCCUGUUGGAGCACAUCAGGCAGACCGUGAAGGCCACAGAGAGCAAAGCAGAGGAACUUAAUGAAUUAUAAAACUCUAUAUGUCAAUAAAUUAUUAUCAGACUGAGAAAUAAAUACAGUAAACCAUUGCGCAGAAGACUGGCAGCCUUCAUCAGCCUGUAUGAUGACAUUGUGUGCCACAUGCUAGAACAUGAAACCCACUCGACUGCUUGGUGGCACAAAACAAGAAGGCUGUUCCUGUGCAAACAGAGCCAGAGCUGUCAGUCUUUUCCAAAGGUUGAUGGUGGAACAAAAGCUGUUGAAAGCCGAGGGAAGCUUAGAGAGACUAUACAUGCACAUCUGUAAAUCACAGCAGCAUAAGAUUAGGGCGUGGCUGGUUCUUCCAUAGCCCAAUAUGGUCUUUAAUUAUUCUAGACUUCCUUUAUUGGCUUUGUCAAUCUGAAGUUUCGUAUAUGUAUGCUUCAGUCAUGCUUUUCAUUACUCCAAAAACUGCACGAUACUAAGCAGAUUGGUUUCAUGGGGGUUUGAUGCAGCUGUAGUAAGACCUUCUUAAGAGUUUUAAGAUGGCUGCAUACUGUUUGCUACCUCUUCACUAUUUAUUAACAAAAAGCCAAAGUUCACACAUCUGUGUAUGAUUUAUAAAUGGUGAAAUGUAGAUAAUGGUAGGAAGAUUUUAAAAUAUGUUUCUUAGCUUAAUUGUUACUCAUCACUGAGUGUUAGUAGUGACAACAGUUGAAAAAUUCACCUUAUGUAUAUAGUUUGGUCACUGAGAAAAUAUUUAUGUUAAUUCAGGUCAAAGUUUCAAGACAACGUAUUUUUAAUGGAGGUAAAUAAAUCUGUUAAUAAAUGUAUUGUAUAACUACA